AUGUCACUGGAGGAUAUGGACGCGGAGAUGGGGGCCAGCUUCUUAGACGAGCUGCCGAAGGGCGGCUGCCCGCUGGCUGACCUAGAGCCGCUGGACACGCCGCCACCAACGCCAAUCUUCCUCUCCGAGCUGGAGGGCUCCCCGCUCUCAUCCACCGGUCUGGCCUCGCCCCUCGGAGAAUCCGAGCUGGAGGGCCCGGACCAGGACCCGCUGACCAUGGAGGCGCUGCUGAGCUCGUGCGACGCCGUCAGUCCGCCGGCCGACAGCCCGCUGCUCUCUUCGCUGGACCUCAUGUGGGGCGCCAGUACGACCUCCGUCCAGCUCCAGCAGCAGGCGCAGAAGGAGCAGCGGGAGCAGCGGGAGCAGCAGCAGCAGCAUCAACAGCAGCAGGAGCAGGCGCAACAGCAGCAGACGCAGCAGCAGCGACACCAACAGGCGCAGAACCAACACCAUCAUCUGCUGCUGCGUCAACAGAAGCAACAACAACGACAGCAGCAGCGGCAAAAACUGCAACAACAUCAGCAGGAGCAGUUGCAUCAGCAGCAGCAACGGCAGUCCAAACAACACCAGCCACAACGGCAUUCCAAGCAAUCGCAGGAACGGCAUGACAUCAGCAGCCGGCAGCCGGCGGAGCGCCCCCCGGCCAAGGUGCGGCGCAAGACGCGCCUCAUCACCGUGCCGACGUCAGCGGGCUGCGCCGGCGUGCCGCACAUCGUCAUCUGCACACCAAGCGUCAUCAACGCGCGGCCAGCCACCUCUUCAUUGCCCAUUACUCUCGCCGUGCAUGACCGGCAGGCUGCGGCGCGGCUGGGCGGCCGGCCGGGCGGCAGCGGCGCGCACGAGCCGGGCCUGGCGCUGGGCGUGCGGCGCCGCGUGGUUGGCCGUGCCGUCUCGCUGGCCAAACGGCAUUCAGUUGAGUCGUCGCCGAGUUCGCCAGAGUCGCCUGGUCCGCACCGGCCACCGCCCAGGAGGACGGUGCUGAAGGUGACGACGGCGACGCAGACGGGGGAGGCGGUGGACGACGUCCUGCGCAACAACGACUCCACCCUGAUCCGGCUGUUGGUCACCGGACAGGAUCUCACCAAUGGCUACAGACUGUGCCCCGACGGACAGUGUGUGACGCCGGAGCGGCCGCCGGCGCCGCCGUCGCUGUUCGCCGGCCUGCCGGACCGCGGCUCGUCCGGUCUGCUGUCGCUGCUCUCGCACGACGACGGCCAGCAGCUGGCGGCGCUCUUCCCCGCCGAGACCGCACGGCUGCUCGACGAUCAACUCUGACGGCGCUAGGCGGCGCUAGCGGCGAUGCGUAGUUACAGGUGGCGCUGGUGGGGUCGGGGCGCGGCACUCGGUGCGGCCGGGGCGAUGAAGCGGGCGCCGAGUGAUAGUCCUGCUGUGUCUGUGUCUGGAGAGGUGCCGCCCCCUAAGGGGCGCCUGUCCGGCGGUGCGCGCGGUAGCUGUAGCAGGGCGGUGGGUGGUGGAGGACGCUUGACGACUGUGGGUGCAUUGAGGCUGGUGCCGUAGACCGCCGUGGUGCCGGGCGGAGUUGUUGACGAGCGUGAGAGCGGGGGCAGUAGACUGUGUGUCCCCCGGACGCGAGCACUGCCGCUCUGCCAUGUGUGCUGCACGCCUCACAAACCCCUGUGGACGCAUGCAAUAACGCCCCGAACAAACCUAGGUACAAAAUGUAGCUCGGUCGUCACGGACUCUUCAUUCGUGGUCCCCAUGUUUCAUUCUUGGUCUCCAUGUCUUACACCUGCUGGCAGCCCAGAGCGUCACCCCGGGCUGUACGUUGUUAACGUGGCAGUUUUGAGGCCAGACGGACGAGUGCUGUGUCGAUGUUCAGGCUGGGCUCCCUACCAGACCUGCAUUUAAAUGUAUGUCCCGCAGACAAUCAAAAUUACGUCCAUGUCGCAUUCAUCUGUCGUCGAAUUAUCGCCGUACACCUGUUUCACUAUAUGUUCGUGUGGCACCCUAGCCGCUGUCGGGCUCCGGUCCCGCGCCCCCGAGCCCCAGUCCUGUGGUGUCCUCCCGGUUCCGCGCCACCAGGUCCCAGUCCCUUUGGUGUCCUCCCGGUCCUGCGCCACCAGGCCCCAGUCCCUCUGGUGUCCUCCCGGUCCCGCGCCCCCGGGCCCCAGUCUCUGUGGUGUCCUCGCGGUUCCGCGCCCCCAGGCCCCAGUCCCUGUGGUGUCCUCCCGGUCCCGCGCCCCCGGGCCCCAGUCUCUGUGGUGCCCUUGCGGUUCCGCGCCACCAGGCCCCAGUCCCUGUGGUGUCCUCCCGGUCCCGCGCCCCCGGGCCCCAGAUCCUGUGACGUCCUCCCGGUCCCGCGCCCCCAGGCCCCAGACCCUGUGACGUCCUCCCGGUCCCGCGCCCUCGGGCCCCAGUCCCUGUGGUGUCCUCGCGGUUCCGCGCCCUCAGGCCCCAGUCCCUGUGGUGUCCUCCCGGUUCCGCGCCCCCGUGCCCCGGGCCCCGUGACGUCCACGCGGCUCGCGCUCUGUCCAGCCGGCUGUCGAUGUGGCGUGAUUGUGAAAUAAAGACUGAGCGGCUUCCCUCGGCAUCCGUAGGCGUAUAUCAGACGUUGAUGUCGCAUGAUUUUGUGCAGUCGCACGUCGUCGUCAUAUCGAUGUGAGCGUCGCACUGUCGCCCCGCUGGGUGGUGCCUGAUAGCCCCCGACAGGUGGUCCAGUAGGGAUGUGGGCCUGGAGAGACCCUACCAACAGAGACGCCCUAUCCCUCUGCCCUGUGCUGCCAUCUGUGUAGCCGGCGCGGCUCCGUCCCCCCCCCCCUCCCUCCGCCCCCUGGCCGGCCUCUCCAAGCAGGGCCAGUUGGUGCUGCCGCCUAGCGGAGCGCCCUCGAACAGGACUGCCGUUGUCCAGAGGCGGGUGUGGUUUCGAUCGUGUUGCUGCCGCUGUGUCAGGCGUGCUCUACGGGCCCCACAACGGGCCGUGGAUGCCUGUGGACAUGACUGCUGUGUGUCCAGAGGCGAGUGUGGUUUCGGUCGUGUUGCUGCCGCUGUGUGAGGCGUGCUCUACGGGCCCCACAACGGGCCACUGCCGUGUGUCCAGAGGCGGGUGUGGUUUCGAUCGUGUUACUACCGCUGUGUCAGGCGUGCUCCACGGGCCCCACAACUGACCGUGGAUGCCUGUGGACACGACAACGGUCACAGGCACACAGGUGCGGAGCAGACCAUCAGACGGGUGCAUGUACGCGUCGGGGCAUGCGGCUCCGAGGGCGCCGGGUGGUGGCCGCUAGCUCCCUGGCGGAGGCGUCUUCACGUGUUCGGAUGUGGGCGAUGCCAUGUUAUUGAAAUAAACUCUAAGUACA